GUACGGGACUUGUGGGGACGGGCAUUUGUGAUUGGUGUCGCAUGGGUGCCCCAUCACCCAAAAGGCCUGGACCUCUGGUCUGAACAGACGCGCUGAUCAUGCUUUGCACGUGUGGUGUCUUUGACGGCAGCCAGAACGGGCCACCUGGACCCGACAGGCAGGUUCCUUUGUCCGUUCUUUACCGUCUUGAUCAUCUCAAAGAGCUUCAGCACGUGGUUCUGAGGAUGCCGUGGUUGAGAUGAUUCUUUCAUGGCAUGGGAAGAAGGAGUGGGUGGAAGUGAGGAUCGGCCCCUGGCCCACAGCCCACCCCGACAAGGCAAGGGUGAUGGUUGGAGGGCGCGGAGCGAAGCUGCAAGUGCGCGGGCCACCCACCUACGAGCCACAUGGUUACCCGGCACUGUAGAAGUUCAGAGGUGCCUCCCGUUUCACCAUUUCCAUUAAGUUCCCCUUUCCUGAUUCUCUGCCCGGCCUGGCCCGUUUCUGCUUUUAGUGCCUCUCUGUCUCUGCCUCACUUAACCAAACCACUUUCCACCUCCAUCAUCCCAAGUGACAAAACAACCAACCAUACACCAGACUUUGCACCAUCGACUCCCUCCACGUCCUUAGUGCCCGUCUUGGUCACUGUUGCAACACGCCGCCACUGAAAUACCGAUCGGCAUUUCCCACCACCGCUCUUUGUCCUUUUUCGUCUUUGUCGGCGUUUCACCUUGCGACAAGGGCUCCAACAAAAAAACAAUUGCCCCGGGGUUCUUUUUUCGCCUUAUCGCCAGCAUGUCCCUCGACUCAGCCAGUCGUCCCAUCAUGGCUCCAUCGGAGAAGCGCUACAGCACCUACAGCAUGGCACCCUCCGACGCCCCCACCACCCUCAGCACCGACAGCAUGACUGCCGAGAUCAGGCCCAUCGUCGACGGCCUCGAGCGCCUCAAGAACCCUCGCCUCGCCGACCAGCGCGUGUACCUCAAUGAAGAAAAGACUACCAACCUCCAGAAGCUUGCCCUCAGCGCCAAGCUCGAGCGCGCCCUUGACCGGAGGAUGAGCAGCCAAGAUGCCGUCAUGCGGCCGCGGAAACCAUCAGUUGUCGUCACCGAGAAGGAGAAAGCUUGAAUGAAGACAUGCGCGACAACGACAGUCAUUUGUUGAGAUGGAGAGAAUGGGAAGAAGGCCAAGACGAUGGAGGCACGCAUCAGCGGGUGCGAUGUGGAGCAGCUAUUGCAAUGCCCGGUCCACGCCGUGUUUCCUCGCCAAAUUCGAUGCAGGAACCGCCUCGAAAACUACACCAUCCUGGCAGCCAUCAACUGGAGUCAACAUCAGAAGAGAGGAGCAGUCAUUUCAUCAUCAGCGCGCGUUCGGGGGCCAGCUUGGGAAACUUUUCAUUGUUAUUUUAUUUUCGUUCGUGUUUUCGGUUUUGCGGCAUUGGCAUUGUCGAUGUACUGUCAGGAAAGGGGUGCUGCUUCAGGAUCGAUGGGAUGGUAUGGGCAGCAAUAGAUAUUGAGACGAGACGGGAGGUGAUGUGGAAUCUUGAAGGAUUAUUGCAGGAUUGUGGCGUGGUAUCAUACUAGCCGUUCAUCGGCUUUUGUCUGGGAAAGUGAGAGGUUAUAUCAGUGGGAAAUGGACCAGGACUUAUCGGUGGGCGUAAUUGCAAAUCCUCACAAUUAUAUAUCUCUUGUCAAAAAAAAAGAAAAGAAAAGCGAUGCCUGGUAUUAUGUCCGUCUCAUUCACUGCGCUCUCUGCUUGCCCUGAGUUCUUGUCGCCUGAACGCCUUGGUGAACUCCCGUGAAACGAUGUAACGACA